AUGGAGUAUUUCGAGGAAGAUUUUGCCAAGCUGACAUCGGAGCAACUUACAGCACCCAUCAGGACCAUUGAGGACAAAUGGAAACUUCUUCCAGCAUUCUUGAAGGUGAAGGGUUUGGUGAAGCAGCACAUAGACUCCUUCAACUACUUCAUCAAUGUGGAGAUCAAGAAGAUCAUGAUGGCCAAUGAGAAGAUCACGAGCGACGCUGACCCCAUGUGGUAUCUGAAGUACCUGAACAUAUACGUGGGAACGCCUGACGUGGAGGAGAGCUUCAACGUCACGAGGCCCGUGGCUCCUCACGAGUGUCGCUUAAGGGACAUGACGUACUCUGCCCCCAUCACGGUGGACAUCGAGUAUACGCGCGGGAACCAGAGAAUCAUCCGCAACGCCCUGCCCAUUGGACGGAUGCCUAUUAUGUUGAGAAGCUCGAACUGCGUGCUGACGGGGAAGACUCCUGCCGAGAUGGCCAAGCUCAAUGAGUGCCCACUGGACCCGGGAGGGUACUUUGUGGUGCGCGGCGUCGAGAAGGUGUGCCUCAUCCAGGAGCAGCUCUCAAAGAACCGCAUCAUCGUGGACAUCGACCGCAAGGGCAACGUGGGGGCAUCGGUCACCAGCUCGACGCACGAGAAGAAAUCUCGCACGAACCUCGUGAUGAAGCAGGGCCGCUUCUACAUGAAGCACAACACCCUGGCCGAGGACAUCCCCGUCGCCAUCAUCCUGAAGGCCAUGGGUGUGGAGUGUGACCAGGACAUUGUGCAGAUGAUCGGCACGGAGGAGCGCGUCAUGGCUGCGUUUUCCCCCAGCCUGGAGGAGUGCCAGAAGGCACAGGUCUUUACUCAGCUGCAGGCGCUGCGCUACGUUGGUAACAAGGUGCGGAGGCAGCGCAUGUGGGGCGGCCCCAAGAAAUCUAAGAUGGACGAGGCACGGGAGCUCCUGGCGACCACCGUGCUGGCGCACGUGCCGGUGAAGGAGUUCAACUUCCGGCCCAAGUGCGUGUACGUGGCCGUGAUGGUGCGGCGCAUCAUCCUGGCGCAGGGAGACAACCGCGUCGACGACCGCGAUUACUACGGCAACAAAAGGCUCGAGCUUGCCGGGCAGCUCCUUUCGCUCCUCUUCGAGGACCUCUUCAAGAAGUUCAACUCGGAGUUGAAGAAGAUCGCCGACCAGACGAUCCCCAAGCCGCGCGCCGCGCAGUUCGACAUCGCCAAGCACAUCCGCCAAGACCAGAUCACCAACGGACUGGCCAACGCCAUCUCCACGGGCAACUGGUCCCUGAAGCGCUUCAAGAUGGAGCGGCAGGGAGUGACUCAGGUGCUGUCGCGCCUCUCCUACAUCUCGGCGCUGGGCAUGAUGACGCGCAUCUCCUCGCAGUUCGAGAAGACGCGCAAAGUGAGCGGCCCGCGCUCUCUGCAGCCGUCGCAGUGGGGGAUGCUGUGCCCCUCCGACACCCCCGAGGGGGAGGCUUGCGGGCUUGUUAAGAACCUGGCAUUAAUGACCCACAUAACGACGGACAUGGAGGAUGGGCCCAUCCUCAAGCUGGCCUUCAACUUGGGCAUUGAGGACCUGUCCUUGCUGUCGGGCGAGGAACUCAGCUACCCCAACACCUACCUCGUGUUCCUCAACGGCAACAUCCUGGGAGUGACACAAGACCCGCCCAAGCUGGUGCAGACGUUCCGGAUCAUGCGCCGCGCCGGUUACAUCAACGAGUUCGUCUCCAUCUCCACCAACCUCAACGACCGCUGUGUCUACAUCUCGUCCGACGGCGGGCGCCUCUGCAGGCCGUACAUCAUCGUGAACAACAGGCAGCCCAUGGUGACGAGCAAACACAUCGAGGAGCUGUGCCAAGGCUGCCGGACAUUUGAGGACUUCCUCCACGAGGGACUGGUCGAGUAUCUGGACGUGAACGAGGAGAAUGACUGCAACAUCGCGCUCUAUGAGCACAUCAUCAAUCCGAAUACGACGCACCUGGAGAUCGAGCCGUUCACGCUGCUGGGCGUGUGCGCGGGACUCGUGCCCUACCCCCACCACAACCAAUCCCCCCGCAACACCUACCAGUGCGCCAUGGGCAAGCAGGCCAUGGGCACCAUCGGCUACAACCAGCGCAACCGCAUCGACACUCUCAUGUACCUGCUGGCCUACCCGCAGCGGCCCAUGGUGCAGACGCGCACCAUCGAGCUCAUCCAGUUCGACAAGCUGCCGGCGGGCCAGAACGCCACGUUGGCCGUCAUGAGCUACAGCGGCUACGACAUCGAGGAUGCCCUCGUCCUCAACAAAGCCUCGCUCGACCGCGGCUUUGGCCGCUGCUUGGUGUACAAGAACGCCAAGUGCACGCUCAAGCGCUACACCAACCAGACCUUCGACCGCGUGAUGGGGCCCAUGCUCGACGCGGCAACACGCAAGCCCAUCUGGCGGCACAAGGUGCUCGACUCUGAUGGGAUCUGCAGCCCAGGCGAGAGGGUGGAGAACAAGCAGGUGCUCGUGAACAAGUCGAUGCCGUCGAUGACGCAGACGCCAAUCCAGGGCGCGAGCGCGCCCACACAAGUGCAGUACAAGGACGUGCCCAUCACGUACAAGGGGUCGACCGACUCGUACGUCGAGAAGGUGAUGAUCUCCUCCAACAACGAGGACGCCUUCCUCAUCAAGAUGCUUUUGCGGCAGACGAGGCGCCCGGAGAUCGGAGACAAGUUCAGCAGCCGCCACGGGCAGAAGGGCGUGUGUGGACUCAUCGCCUCCCAAGAGGACGUCCCGUUCUGUGACUCGGGCAUCUGCCCCGACAUCAUCAUGAACCCCCACGGCUUCCCCUCUCGCAUGACGGUCGGGAAGCUGAUGGAGCUGCUGGCCGGCAAGGCGGGCGUUCUCGACGGACGCUUCCACUAUGGCACAGCGUUCGGGGGCAGCCGCGUGCGCGACGUUUGCGAGGACCUGAUCCGACACGGCUACAACUACCAGGGCAAGGACUUCGUCACGUCCGGCAUCACGGGGGAGCCGCUGGAAGCGUACAUCUACAUCGGGCCCGUCUACUACCAAAAGCUGAAGCACAUGGUCCUGGAUAAGAUGCAUGCACGAGCACGAGGACCAAGGGCCGUGCUUACCAGGCAGCCCACGGAGGGGCGGUCUCGCGACGGGGGCCUGCGACUGGGCGAGAUGGAGCGCGACUGCCUGAUUGGCUACGGCGCCAGCAUGCUGCUGCUGGAGCGGCUCAUGAUCUCCAGCGACUCCUUCCAAGUCGACGUGUGCGGCACCUGCGGGCUCAUGGCGUACUCGGGCUGGUGCCACUACUGCCGUUCGUCGAGGCAGGUGUCGUCCCUGCGCAUCCCGUACGCGUGCAAGCUGCUCUUCCAGGAGCUGCAGUCCAUGAACAUCAUCCCUCGCCUCAAGCUGGCCAAGUAUAACGAAUGAGACCGAGACCUAAGGGGUCUGUGCUUGGGGCCAAACUCAUCACUGCAAAAGCGCCCGUUACACCUUUCCCACGGUCCUUUGCAGAAUCAUGCUGUUUUGUACCGGGGUCCCCCAGGCCCCCACUCACCUACACAGAAUCAGAAUCUUUAUUUAUACUGGAGGAAUCCGUUGAGCUAUGAAGCUCUUUUUCCCAGAUGUCCAGUAUUUUUUUCACAGGUGUUCACUGGGUCCUCACUCCCUACACAGAUGUAACAUCAGAGUUUAAUUUGCUUGUAAUUUGCAUAUAUUGUAAAUAGUGUAUUGUUACACGCCGAGGAAGAGAAUCGAGUUUAAUGAAUGUUAAACUUCUUUCGCACCAUACUUAGCCAACCGUGCUAAUCGGGAGGUGCGGGGGAAGGACAACAAAUUAAACGCAACAACAGGCGGUUCUAAAGAAAAUUAGCGGUUCUAAAGAAAGAGUCGUUACGUGCCUACAGCGGAGAUCAGUCGGGAGCAGACGAUCAGGGAGGGCACAAUUUCCCCUCCCUCUCCGUAGCGCAGACCCCCGGGGCCCUUCACUACGUGGGCCCCGGUGCAGUUGCACUGCCCGUGCACUUCAUGUAGCUCCGCCCACUGCCUUGCAGGUAGCCAGCUGCUCUGCAUACCUCUCGUUCACUCUUGUUGUAGCCAAGGUCCAUUCCACCACGAGGUGGCCACGGCAGGACAGCCCAAGUCGAUGUAAUUGCCCGUCGCUGUGGGUUGGAACCCUGCUCGAAAUCGGACGGCUGCGAGUCCCACAUUCCUAAACAGGGGUCACCUCGGCCAGACACUUGGGGGGGGUGGUCUAUUAAAAUAAGUACCGCUUUACACGAGGCCCUUUGGAGAGACUGUGACCCUGUCAUUGAUGUGGAAUUUCUACCACUGGCUCAGGGCUGUAAAUAGCGAGAUGGGCAUUAUCCAACGCAUAUUUGAGCAAGCAGACACUUUUUGAACUCGAUGGGCUGUCAUCUCGUGAGUGCGGAGUGACCUGGAUUCGCUGAAUCAACGUCGAAAAAGAAUGAAUAGGCAAAAUUAUUCGAAAUCAAGUUUGCUGCCUGUUCAUGUGUACAUACGAAUAAAACACAGCGCUCGCCUUUAUAUGUGACUCUU